AGUAGUACUGUCAAACUCACCGAAACCGAAACAACAGAAAAAAAAAGCACGGGCACGAAAAACACUAAGCCCCGCGAGUGAGAAAGAGACGGAGCGACGCACGCGGGUGUCGGGAAGAAAUAAACACUAUUUUCUGUGAUUUUUGAGUGGCGACGCCGCGUUUUGAGUGCUUGCAAUAGUGCUGUGGUCAACAUUUCGACUUUUGGGUGGGUUUUUUAUAGCAACAAGCAAGGCGAGCGAAACGGAAAUAAAUCAGGGCAGCCAAAGUGCAGAAAUGUCGAGGGAAUUUGCAUAAUUUUCGGGCCGUCUCAACCGAAAGUUGUAUAAUAAGAUUGCGAGCGACAGGAGGUAAGCCCGGCUCACCACAAAUGGACGGGGAAUGCCGCGGCAGCACCACCACCUCCUCAUCCGCCAGCACCACCCCCCCAGCUGAGAGCCCCUCCGCGACGAAAUCCCUACGAAAUACUUCUAAAAAUGUCUAGUGCCCACUACCAGGCACUCGAGCCGCAGACUUCCGACGAGGACAACGAGGACAUCGAACGGCCGCACCAUCACAUCCAUCAGAACCAUCCGCAUCCCAUGGUCCGGAAGGGGGGCGUGGCCAGGCGCCGCUGCAUACUGCCCGUAGUGGGCGGGGCCCUGUUCUUCAUCGCCUUCUGCUACCUCACCCUUAGCGGGGACACCCGAAUCGCCCUGGGACUGGGCGGUGGUUCCGAGGACUCGGAGGAGGGGUCUCACCAUGGAUUAGGUAAGCAGGGGGUCUUAGAAUCCCGUCCCGCAGACUGGCUUUUGAGGUAUACCCGCCAAGAGCCAGCAAGAGAAGAGUUCCGGGGGAGCAUUACCGGUCAAGAAACCGAAUUUAGGCUAGUCAAGCAAGAACCCAAGCUGAAAAUAACCCGGAGAAGGCAUCGUUUCAAUCCGAAAAUCCAUAGCAUAAAUUUCCGGCCGCUGAACGAAAGUUUGCACGUUUGUAGCGAGAACUACGAGGAUCGCCGGCAGUUCAUGCAGGAUAAACCCCGAUCUGAAUAUGGACAGUUGCCCAUAAUAUAUUUUGUUACUCCAACGUAUCCACGGCGGGAGCAAAUCCCAGAACUAACCCGUCUGGCGCACACUCUACUCCAUGUUCCUCGAUUGCACUGGCUAGUGGCUGAUGAUCAGGAGAAAUGCAACGACUUUAUGGACACGCUCCUCAACCGUUUCGGUAUUCCCUUUACCCACAUGGUGAGCCCCAUGCCAAGCAAGUUUCGGAAUGAAAAACCAGCGCCACGAGGCGUGGCAAAUCGCAGGGCCGCCUUACAGUGGCUACGGCAGCACAAUCUCACCAACGGCAUACUAUACUUCGGUGACGAUGACAACACUUAUGACCUGCGCCUGUUCUCAGAAAUCCGGAAAACGCAAAGGGUUUCAAUGUUCCCCGUCGGUCUGAUUGCCGAUUAUGGGAUCAGUGGCCCAGUGGUGCGCAAAGGCAAAGUUGUUGCUUUUCUGGACUCCUGGGUGGCUGGACGGCGUUGGCCUGUUGACAUGGCUGGGUUCGCCGUGAAUUUGGAGUACAUGGCGCAGUAUCCCUAUGUAAAUAUGCCGUACAAGCCCGGAUACGAAGAGGAUCUCUUUCUCCGCAGCAUCGGGCUACAAAUGAGUCUGAUAGAACCGCGAGGGAACAACUGCACUGAGAUUCUCGUCUGGCACACCCAGACGAAAUCCAAGAAGCUGGGCUUAGUUCGCUUAGAGAGUAAAUAUUUGGACGAUCGCUCUAACCUGGGCGCCCUGCUUCUCAAUCUUAAACUAAUGGGCGUGGCCAGUACAACGGAGAAUGAAGGACGCAAUGCACUGAUCAGCAAGAAUGGCAAGGAGAAACCGCACUCUGCCAUUCUCAGCUGAGUCCCAGGGUCCAACAUCCGAAGGAGAGCACGAAUAAUACUCGUAGACUUAUAGAGUUAAAUGUAUAAUAUUUCUGUAGCAAACCAAAUCUCGAAUCACCUGUUUUCUAUAUUCCAUGGAAUUUUCCCGUUCUAGUUAUCAGUCGUUUUCGCACUGCACAAUAUCUAGAAUAUAUAAUUUGUCUUUUAACGACUUGCGUCGGUGCUGCCUCUCUGUUCUCGGUUCUCACCAUAAUGUAAUGUUAAUAAUUAAUAAUAAUAAUGUAUGUACUGUUAAUUAGUUGUAGCUAAGUUCGGUCGUGAUAGCAAGCUAGAAAACACAGGGAAGGCCACAAAGAUAAGAUCAGGACUUAUUUAAAUAUAUCAUAAUCGCAGACAGUAGGUUGUAAAUUCGUUUACGAAAGUGGUCAUACCUUUCUUAUUCUACGUUUUAAUUUGCUAAGCAAAAUAAAAGCUUUUUAUAAGCUACUAGAUAAAGACCUUAGGCAGCUUGUUAUUGUUGUUAAUCACCUCAUCGACUUUAAACACAUAUCAUAAAGCUCGGAAUAAAUGAUUUAGGCAUUACAUAAGUUUUUCAAAAUUAUUAAAAGCAAGCGAUUUAGAAAUGGGCAAUAAUUUAGAAUGACGUGUGUCAUUUUUACUGUAAACUUAAUGUGUAGCCUGUAAAUGAGUCAAUAAGAUAGUACGCCAUAGUGUGAAAAAAUAAAUGCUAGUUUUAUAAAGCUUUCUCCAAAA